CAGACGUGCCUGGUCCUAAAAUGUUGACUGUUUGGCUCAUCCUUGACCGGAGUCAGAUUGGCUUUCUGCUGCAUAUUGCAGUCAGACACCGGGCUAAUAAAAUAAUUAUCGCACCGGCGAAAAUAAACUUUAUGACGUGAGGACUCCUUCAUGUCAUCCCUGUCUGGACUCAGCAUGGCGCAGGAGGAGGACGAACACAGCCUGGAGGCGAAAUUUGCUGCCGCAGUUAAAGUGAUCCGGAGUUUGCCUGAAGAAGGUCCUUUCCAGCCGUCUGAUGACAUGAUGCUGAUGUUCUAUAGUUACUAUAAACAGGCCACCAUGGGGCCCUGCAACAUCCCCAGACCCAGCGGCUUCUGGGACACCCGGGGCAAAGCUAAAUGGGAUGCAUGGAGCUCUCUGGGAAAUAUGACAAAAGAGGACGCCAUGAAGAAUUAUGUUGAGGACAUCCAGCUGAUUUUGGAGACCAUUCCAAUCUCAGAAGAAGUGUCUGACCUGGUCCAGAGGCUUGGAAACUUCUACACAGAGGUAGAAGAGGAAGGAGAGGAGGCUGAAGAAAAUGGAAUUCAGAAGAGACCCUUCACAAGGCCUUUUGCAAAACACGCAGAUGAGCUGGUUGAACCGUUUAAGCAGCCGACAAUGGAAGGCUAUGGGGAUCUGUGGGAUGAUAUACAAAACCUCCAGGAAAAAGACAGCAGUGUUCAUGGCUUGAGUGUCAGUAGCCAGGAGUCAGAGGGAAACAGAGAAAAUAGUGAAAUCGAGAUAAAGGAGGAAUAUAGUGAUUGGAGGAGAAGUGAGGAAGAGGAGAAUGGGGAUAAAGAAGACAAUACAGACGAUGAAGACAAUGAGGAGGAAAGAGAUUGGAGUCCUGACCCGAGGCUAUUAAUGGUGCAGGACAGGAGAUGGAGGUCUGACACUAAAGGCUCCUGCAGCAGCGUGGAGCCCAGUGUGUCCUCCUUCACCAACGGGACACACAGCUCCCUCAACAGCGAGGUGGAGGAGGAGGAACUGGCCUGUUCUGUAGAGCCCAGUGUGCAGUAUAAUCCAUACAUGCAGUUUAAUGGACACUUGAGUGGUCAUAAUGAUACUGUUCCUGAGAAGAACCAUCGAUCCACAGACUCUGAUAAUGAGGAAUUCUGUGACUCAAUGGAGCAUCUCGCCAUGGAAGAGCGGAUGGCCACGUACAAAGACCAGUCGCCUGGAUCGAGGUCUGCCUCAGUGAGGCAAAAAGAUCUUUGGUUUGAGAGCAACACUUCUCUAAAAGUGGGAGAGGACCAAGUAUUCAUAGGUGAUUCCUACCGGAAUGAGGCGGUUCUUCUAAGCAAACACAGCAGCUCCUUGUCUAGAAGAGGGAGAGGUUCUCAAUCACCAAGAGCCACCUGCAGCUCUCAGCAGUGUGCCAGUGUAGAAGCUGCCUGCUGUUGUGUGUCACAGAGCAGACGUCCUGUCAGCACUACCAGAGGAAGCAUUAAUGACCAGAUAGCUACGGCUCUGCUGAGGCUGCAGCACGACAUGGACGAUGUGCUGCACAGGCUGCACACUCUGGAGGUGCUGACCAGGUCACAGUCAAGAUCAUCUUCACCAAAGCAGGAGGACUUUGCACCUGUUGCACGAAAGUUUCUGAGACCAUCUUGGUGGCCUUUUGACUCCUCUCCACUCACAGUGGUGUUGACAGCACUCUGGCCUCUGAUUGCUCAUUGGCUCGCCCAGAUUUACUUACAACGGAGGAGAAGGAAAAUCCCAUGAAUUGUCUGAUGACCAUCAAUGUCUAUCAAACGUCGUAAAGUCUGGAUGAAAUCGAUGCACUUUUGCUGCUAAGGAUCUUUCUGAAGCCACCACCAUGGAUGGAGUGUGAAGAGGCAUCAGUAGAAAUGGGAAAGCUGCAUUAGAUAAACAAAGAGUCAGAAAAGUGUUUAAAAGAAGGCUCUGCAAUACAGUGUAGCACUUUCACUCAAAGGUGAUUUUUUUUAAGGUUUUUUAGAAGGAGAGGAUUUAUGCAGAAUAAAAGCUGGCACAGUUUCUUUCUUACAGUUAGCUAAGCAUGAUGUGAUCUUAUUUAUGACUCACAGAUCACCAGGAACUCAAUAUACACAUCACUCACAUAACUUGUAACUGAAAUAAAUUCACGAUUCAUCACACAUUAGCCGUGGACCCUUAGUGACAAAAGUAUCCAAACUGACAUUGCUUAUUAUUUUAUUUAUUGUACAUUUCAUUACUUAAUUAGACUUCUUUUAGUAUUUUUCGUCAGAUAUAUUUUCUCUGAUAGCUAAGGAUAUCUGUCUUUUAUAUGUUAUCUAACAUAUUUAAAUAUGUCAAGGGCAUUGCUUUUAAGGCCAAAUAGACAUGUAAGGUGCAAAAUAUGGUUAUUUGUGUGUUAAAGUGUGUAUUUAUUUAGUAGCUUCAGUACAAUAGUAAUGAAAGAUUGCACUCGCAACAAAAAUGAGAUACAUAGUACAGAUAAUCCAUAUAUCCAUAUAACUAUAUAUAUAAAAUCAUUCUUGUUUCUUGUCAGCUCUAAAGUGCUAAUGAAGAAGAACAGAUGUAAAACAUCAGUAUAUGAAACUAUUUUAAAAAUGCAAUAAAGGCAUUCUUUGAAAAAAA